GUUGUUGUUCCAGUAGAAGUGGAUCAGUCGACAUUUUAAAAAUAGACCGAGAUCUGGAGGAACUGGGCUUAUUUAUUUUGCGGAAAGAGGUUUUAUUGUUUCGUUCUUUAACGAACAGGAGGGCAGACGUCUGAUUAAGCUGCUUCUGGAUUCUUCUGCUGAGGUACAAAAAGAUGAGUAGCCAGUACCAGCGCAGUGUCCCGUUUGAGGUCCGGAGAUUGGAAGGGGAAAGAGUUCGAGCCAAACAUCCGGACAAAAUUCCAAUCAUUGUAGAGAGAGCCGCUCGAUCUCGCGCUCCUGAGCUCGACAAGAAGAAAUACCUCGUUCCCUCAGACCUGACAGUUGGCCAGCUGUGUUUCCUCAUCAGGCAGCGAGUGUCCAUGAGGCCAGAAGAAGCGCUCUUCUUUUUCGUCAAAAAUUCCCUCCCUCCCUCCAGCUCCCCUCUUUCCAUCGUAUAUGAGGAACACCACGACGAGGACCUGUUCCUGUAUAUGACCUACAGUAAUGAGAGCGUGUACGGAGCCUGAGAGAAGA